UAUGGCGUAGCGUUUCGUGGAUCAAAGUACGCGAUAAAGUAAUUAUAAGGAUAAAAUUAUAUAAAAGUCAGUAUAGCGCUCUAUACCUAUAUGCGCGCAUGAUUCAGCGAUUAAAAUAUUAGCUGCCGUUUUUUUUCUUCCGUCAUUUUUUUCAAUGCACUUUAUUGAAAUUGUGGAGGAUAAAUUGCAUCACCAAUAUAAUAAGACGGCCGGCCUCUAGCCGUCACGUAAAACUCGAACAGCAGGCCUGGUAACAUUUCUAUAUAUAGUAUAUAUAUAUAUAUCGCUCGAAUUGCCAUCUUUCACUUUCGAUAGACCUAACGGCAUACGCAAUGGUAACGUUUGGAAGAUGUUUGCGCAAAUUGAAGUUCACAGGUGUGAUGUGUAGUUUAUCGAUCGAACAAACGAGUGGUUGUUGUGGUAAUAAUGGUGUUGGUAGUGGUCGAUUGCUUCGAGAUUUCUCGAGGCUGAGCAGCGACAAGUUACGACAGAAAUCAUUCGUUCUUCAACGACAUACGAGCCUACUUGGGAAUCGCGACGUACAAAAACGCAACUUUUCUGACAUGUCACGACCGAUAGUUUAUUUAGCCGAUGCCAGUCCUCCGAGUAGAUCGAUCCUCCUCGCAGCCGAAGCCAUGGGUCUGAAUAUCGAUGUUCGGAGAAUCGAUUUACGGCGCGGUGAACACCUUACAGAAGAGUUCAGAAAGAUGAAUCCUGAACAUACUGUACCGACACUUAACGAUAAUGGAUUCAUAAUUUGGGACAGUCACGCGAUUAUGGGCUAUCUCGUGGAUAAAUAUGCGAAGAAUGACACUCUCUAUCCAAAAGACGUGGCUCAACGAGCUCUUGUUAAUCAACGUCUUCAUUUUGAUUCUGGGGUUCUGUUCAGCCGCCUUCGAUUUAUAUCGUAUGCUCUUAUCAUGGGCAAGACCGAUACUGUUCCUAUUGAAAAGUUGGAACUGCUCGAGGAAGCGUACAGGCAUUUGAAUAACUUUUUAAAUGGAAAAAAGUGGUUGGUCGGUGAUUCCUAUACUCUUGCCGACAUUAGCUGUGUUACAACAAUUUCGAGUAUUGUCUGUGUUCUACCAAUCGACGAAUAUCCCCAUAUACAGGCAUGGCUCAAACGCUGUGAAGAGACUUUACCAGGAUACAAAACUCUCAAUACACCAGGAUGCAAUUUGUUUCAUAAAUUAAUCGGAUCGAGGAUCACAUCAAAAGGCAAAUUAUAGAGGUUCAACGACUUAUUCAAAAAUAGGGUAAUAUGGGGCAAAAUGGACACUUAAGGAUUUAAGCAAGUUUCAUUGAUGAGCAUAUGGUCUUUCAACUAUUUUUGAGUCCCAAAAUUGAUGCCCAGUCCUUGUUUCCCGAAUUUCGUAAAAAAAAAAUUUCGGGGCAAAACGGACACGGCACCUUAGAGACGUAAAAAUCGAAAAAUCGACAUUUUUCGAAAUACAGACGUUCUAAGCGACUGUUCCCGAAUAGAAUGUCAACUCGGUAAUAUGGGAAAAGAAAUGGGACCACUCAGGCUCCAUUCCUUGGAUGUAAAUGAAAAAAAAAUGAGUCAAAUCUUAUAUCCCAUUUCUGUCAUGUUUUUGAAGUAUGCAAAAAAUCAAUUCUGAGUCCAUCGUGUUGGGGUAUAUUUGGUGUUCGCACUAUAUCGGAGUCCCACCAUUGAUUCAUGGUCCUAGUUUUCGGAAUUUCUUCAAAAAAAUUUUCCGGGGCACAACGGACACAGCCUCCAAGAGGCAUAAAAAUCGAAAUAUCGACAUUUUUCGAAAUGUAACAGUUUAGCAGACAAAAAAAAGCUCACCAAGACAGCCAAGUCCUCGUCUUUUGAAGACGUUUGUUGCAUUUUUUGCGAAGGGUUAUAUUCGUUGUCCGCUGAAGAUUGGAUUUACUAUGUGUAACAUGCAAAAAAUGGGCACACACCUUGUGUACAAGUGUCGAAGACGAAGAUAUCAGCUAUGAGUGCGAUUUUUGUAAAAAAUGAAUAAAAAACCUUUUUUCCUUAUUCGUACUUUGAUUACUAUUGUGGUUUUUAAAAAUAAGUCAAAAAAGGGAAUAGAUAGUGAGAAAAUAGUUUGAGAUCUAUUUUGCUCUGAAACUUGAAUUUUUUGCGGGUGUCACCGUGGAAUUCAACAAUUUACCAUGAUUUAUGAUCAGGACAUGAUUUAGAACCGAAAAAAAAAUUUUAUGCAUUUUAGGAAAUUUCAGUUUCGGGAAAGUCCAUUUUGCCCCGGAAUUCAACUUUAUGGGGCAAAAUGGACACUGUGUCCGUUUAUAGGGUAAUAUGGGGCAAUGUGUCCAUUUUGCCCCAUAUUAUCCUAUAUACACGAGCAGAAUUGUUAAGUAAAAAUUAUACCCAGUUACAUCGAUAGGAAUGGAGGACGAUCUUUUACAGUACAAAGUGUGAAUUAUUUCACCUAGUACCUAGACUAUAAUAUAAAAGCAUGCAUACGCUUGAAUGUAUGUAUAUGUAUAUCCCGAACGAUAAAAUAACAAGAUUCAACAUUUUUUUAUUGAAAUGUAUGAAAUGUAUGUAUUUACAAAAAAAUAAAACGAAAUGACAAUGA